GCAAAACUGUCCGUCCCUGGGCUGUGCUUUCCAGGGUCUUUUGGCGUUUUAAGCACAGCGGACCUUGGCGAAUCUGUUUUCUGCCUUUGGUCCGUUUGUCAUCAGAGACAACUCAGCUUUUUUAUUCCACCUACCACAGCUACCUAUCGACGGAGACACAAUUUCUAACCAUGAGCUGGCCCUACACUCUCCUAACAGCCAUCCCGCUUGCCCUUGCGGGCGCGUUUGUGGCCCAAACAGUCAUUGGUCUGCUUCGAAACUAUAGGGCCGCGCGCUCCCUUGGCGUGCCUCUGCGUUUUAUUCCCAUCAGCCCCAUGAACCCUUUCUGGAUGCUCGUGGACCGAGGGGUUCUCUCGUUUCUGUCACGGCGCUUCCCGUUCUUACGUGACACCAGCUUCACCCGGUACAAUUGGAGAGGAUGGGAGGUGAAGGACAGGUACCGAUCGCACCACGAGAUGGGUGAUAUCUGGGUGCUGGUGACCCCCUUCAAGAAUUGGGUCUAUAUCAACGAUCCCGAGGCCCUGAUCGCUCUUUUUCGCCGAGGAUCUGACUUCCCUCACCCCGUCUUCAUCACCGAGCUUCUCAACGUCUUUGGGCCAAACAUUUCUACUGCGGAAGGUCAAGCUUGGAAAACGCAGAGGAGAAUCGCGCUACACUGCUUCAACGAGCAGAACAACGAGGUUGUUUGGCGCGAGGCCCUGACCCUGGCCCGCGACAUGCGCGACUACUGGACCUCCAAGCCAUCCGUUGAUACGGCUGCAGCCGACCUGCGGACACUUUCCCUGCACAUUCUAUCCCGGGCGGGCUUCGGCAAGUCCUUCCCAUUCGAAAGCCAGGAAGACCAGAAAAAGGCGGCCGGCAGCGCACCAGGCGCGCCGGCCACCGUCAACUACAAGGAGGCCCUCCAGAUCAUCCUGGAGAACCUUGUUUUGAUUGUUGGCCUGGGAACCAAGUUCCUCGCGAAGCCGUGGCUGCCCAAGAAACUGCGCGACAUCAACACAGCCUGCGUCGCAUUCCGCGCCUACAUGACGCAGACGUACGAGGAGGAGAAGGCAGCAUACCUCGACGGUCGUCCCACCGAGUCCAAUCUCAUGCAAUCCAUGAUUCGCGCUUCACAAGCCGAUGCAAAAAGCGGUGCCGACGGCGGGCUUACCGAGGCCGAAAUCUAUGGCAACAUGUUCGCGUUCAACUUUGCCGGGCACGACACCACCGCGCAUACCCUCACGUUCGCCAUGUUCUUCCUGGCGGCCAAUCCCGAGGUGCAGGACUGGAUUGCUGAAGAGAUCCACCGUGUGCUCGGAGACCGCCCGAUUGACGCGUGGGAUUACCGCUCCGACUUCCCGCGCCUCAAACGCUGCCUGGCCGUCAUGUACGAGACGCUCCGCCUCUACGACAUUGUCCCCGUGAUCAAAUGGACCGCCGACAAGGCACAAUCGCUCGUCGUGGGCGGCAAGACCUACAUGCUACCGCCAAACAGCAUGAUUGCGCCAAGCUACGGCUCCCUCCAGACGGAUCCUCGCUUCUGGGGUGCGGACUCGCUGGAGUGGAAGCCCUCGCGGUUCAUUGUCAAGCGCAGCGAGAGCGACGACGCUCGGCAAGACGAGGAGUUCCGCAUCCCCGUGCGCGGCUCGUUCAUCGCGUGGUCGGACGGCGCGCGCGACUGCCCCGGCCGCAAGUUCUCGCAGGUCGAGUUCGUCGCAACCAUGGCCGGGCUCUUCCGGGACGACUGGCGCGUCAGCCCCGUCCUGCUCCCCGGCGAGACCCCAGACGCUGCGCGGAGGCGUGUCCUCGACCUCGUCGAGAACGACUCCGGCAUGGUGCUGCUGCAGCAGAUGCUACACCCGGAACGGGCACCGCUUGUGUGGAAGAGGAAAUGAUUAGAGAGGCGACUUUUGCGGGAACGAGCAAUCCCCGCCAGUUGGUGGUGAAUGUCCGUGUUCUAUAUCACUUCUGUAUUGUACCUCACAGCCUUUUCCUCCUGGAGGAGAGGAGAGAUAUUGAAAUAGGGCUUAAAAAUUACAGAGAUGUAUCUUUUUCCUGCGCCGUUUUGCCAGUAGGCCUGUCACAUCUAUCUUAUGGAGGAAAG